GGAGCGGAGGCGGAAACAGAAACUUUAGUGACUUCCUGUCCCACUUCCAUCCUACGCUCUGGCCCUGCGUUCAUGUGGAGAGACAACAACAGAACCGAAGCUGACUAUGGACCUGUCUGCAGCCAAUGAGGGACGUGUUCCAAGUAAACAACCUGCUUCAUCUGGGACUUUAGCUGCUGGUGCAAAGACAAGUAAAGAAAAAAUAACCCCUUUCCAUCGCUCCCCUCUGUCUAAAAAUAACCACGUUGGAGGUACCUCUCUAGGAAAAUUUCUGGAAUCUCCUCGAAAUAUUUUCUCAGACAAACCUCCAGGGCAAACAGAGGGACAAGAGCCGGUGUCUAGCUCUGCACAGCCCUCAGCGGUGAUCAAGUCUUCGAUAAAGAAAGCCACAAGGCCAGUUAUUGUGAAGACUUCAAAGACUGCUCCUCCUGCCUCUAUAAAAGUGAAUCCACCAAACAAGAAAAACAAAGCUAAAGGAGCCAUGGCCACCUCAACCAAACCACAAACAGCUGUGAAGAAAAGAAAAAGAAAACUUGGUCAAUAUAACUUGGUUCCCAAAAAGAAGGUGAAGGGCAGCAAACCCCAGGACAAGAAAGAGGAGCCUGCUCAUGUCCAGGAGAAGGCCCAGGAAGCAGUUGAUUUGAAGCCGCUACCCCAGGUGCCUCUUGUGGUCUCGGUUUUCCCUGAUAAUGUCUCAUUGCUGGAGACUGAUACUGGAGAGUACACAGAGGUAGACCUGAACUGUCUGGACCUCAAAGCCCAAGAAGCGCUCCUCUCUCCCCAGACAGGUUUUGCAGCAGAAGGACCAGUGACUGAAUCAGACCUGGCGGAGGAGUUACCACUGUGCUGCUGUCGGAUGGAGACGCCUUACAAUGGAGGAAGUCUGUCUGCCCAGGAUCAGACCUGCAUGGCCAUGGAGAGCUAUGAUGGCAUGCUGAGUCGUUGUCAGAGGCGAGUGGUGAAGCAGGAGAUGAUGCGUCCUUCCAACACUGUGCACCUGCUGGUCCUUUGUGAAGACCACCGAGCCGGGAUGGUCAAACACCAGUGCUGCCCCGGCUGUGGGCUCUUCUGCAGAGCGGGGACUUUUAUGGAGUGUAGGCCAUAUGGAAAUAUAUCUCACCGCUUCCACCGGGACUGUGCCUCGAUCUUGAAGGACCGUCGCUUCUGCCCUCACUGCGGAGAAGAAGCCACUGGAGCCAAAGAAGUAACUGUACCUAAACCAGAGCCCUCUCCCUCUGUACCUAAGUCGAGUCCUGGGCCCCCUCUGCCUACCGUGGCCACCCUGCCCUCUGUCUCCACCACACCAGCUGUCCCCCAAACUCUCAGGGCUAAGAAGAGCUUCCAACCCCCGAGGAACGAAGCAGAGAGUCCGAGCAGGUCAAAAGGUGAAGCUGACAGUCCAAAAGAGUCACUGGAGACCAUCUUGUCAGCUCUGGAAGAUGAAAACUUGAAACCCAAAAAAGUGAAGUACCCUGCCCGUCAACUGUACAUCUCUGCCAAACAGGGGGAUCUUCAGAAAGUCAUUCAUCUUUUGGUUGAUGGAAAGGACCCGAACUAUGUGGAUGGUCAAAGCAAACGGACAGCUCUACACGCUGCAGCUGCCGUGGGACACCAGGAGAUCUGUCACAUGCUUGUUCAAGCUGGUGCCAACCUUGAGACUUUUGACGAGGAUCACCGGACUCCUCUGAUGGUGGCGUGUGAGAACAACCAUCUGGACACUGUGAAGUACCUUCUCAGAGCUGGAGCGUCCAUCUGCCAUAAGGAUAUAAUGGGUUUCACCUGUCUACAUCUAGCAGCUAAACUGGGACAUUACGACAUGAUUCAUUAUCUUCUCUCCAGAGCAUCCAAAUACAUCAACUGCCAGGAUGAUGGGGGCUGGACUCCUAUCACCUGGGCAAUCGAGUACAAGCACAAAGAGAUUGUAAACCUGCUGCUGUCCCGAGGCUCCGACGUUAACAUCAGAGACAAGGAGGAGAAUGUGUGCCUGCACUGGGCAGCUCUGUCGGGCUGUGAUGACAUUGCCCAGGCUCUGCUGGACGCUAGCUGUGACCUCAUGGCUCUGAACAUACAUGGAGACCUGCCUCUGCACAUCGCCGCUCGAGAGAACCACCUGGACUGUGUCAUGCUAUUUCUGUCCCGUGGUUCUGACGUGAAUCAGAGAAACAAAGAGGGAGCCACGCCUCUGGACUGCUGCACCUUCGGCUCAAAAGUCUGGACUGCCCUCAACACUAACAAGAAACUGACAGACGCACGGAGAGGACGAGACUGCCAGGGAGAGCGAGUGCUUAGCAGGGAUAUUUCUCGAGGUUAUGAAUCUGCUCCCAUCAGUUGUGUGAAUGGUGUGGACAGUGAGCCAUGUCCAGAUAAUUUUAAAUACAUCCCAGAGAGCUGCAUCACCUCCCCCCUCAACAUAGACAAGGACAUCACACACUUACAGCACUGCACCUGCACAGAUGACUGCUCUUCUGUUUCCUGUAUGUGUGGGCAGCUCAGUCUGAGAUGUUGGUACGACAAUGAAGGACGUCUACCACUAGACUUCUGCCAGCGAGAGCCACAGGUGCUGUAUGAGUGUAACCACGCAUGUUCCUGCUGGAGAACCUGUAGGAACCGAGUCGUUCAAAAUGGUUUGAGAGUACGUCUCCAAGUCUACAGAACACAAAAGAUUGGCUGGGGCGUGAAAGCUAUGCAAGACAUCCCCCAGGGGACCUUCGUUUGCGAAUAUGUCGGGGAGAUCAUAACUGACACAGAGGCCGACAAAAGGGAGGAUGACUCUUUCCUCUUCACUCUGGGAAACAAGGUUGGCGAGGCCCACUGCAUAGACUCCAGACUCUUCGGGAACAUCGGGCGUUUCCUGAACCAUCUGUGUGAACCUAACCUGCUGGCAGUGAAGGUGUUCACCAUGCACCAGGACCUGCGCUUCCCACGCAUCGCCUUCUUCUCCAGCCGGCCCAUCAGAGCCGGAGACCAGAUAGGGUUCGACUACGGGGAUCACUACUGGAAGAUUAAGAGCAAGUACUUCAGCUGCCAGUGUGGGUCCCCCAAGUGUCGGCACCCCUCGGCCAGCCGAUAGUUCAACCUCAACCUGCUUAACCUGUAUGAGAAAACUAACCACUGAACAACUGCUUUUAGAUUCGCUCUACAGGGCUCUGUUCAAUGCUGCUGUCACCAUGUUGCAUAGAUCAUGUAUAAAAACAUUAUACCUACAUUGCAUGAAUUAGUCAAAUGGUAUGUUUUAAGGGCUUAAACCAGCUUCAGAACUCAGAGAACAUUAAAUCUAUACCUGAAAUGUGAAUCUACUGUGUUUUGUGUGUUACAUUAACUAUUAUAAAUUAUUGUUUUGUUGUGUCAUUGCUUCUCCCAGACUAUAUGGAUAAUGCAGUCAGACCUUCUUAGAGUUAACAUGAAAUUAGUCCCUCUGUAGGUUUAUAAUCAUUGACCAAUUGCAUACCAAAGUUUUGCUAGUUUUGAACAGAGCCUUGUAGGUAUUUAAGGAUUUACAUCUGUCUAGACUGUAAUGCUGUUUCCUACUCCUACUUCCAAAGAUAAAAACAAACAUAACUUUUGAAUAGACCAAAUCAUGUUACUGUAGAUGUAAAGCUAACACCACUAUAAAUCACUACAGCUUUUUAUAAAUAAAACUGGCUCCUAUUUUUCUUAACUUGUUUUUUUUUUUUUUAAGAAAUUAGUGUGCUGUUUACUGAAUCAAACCUUACUAGUCAGAUGUUCUUAUAGUUUUUUUGUACUGCCUAUUAGUAAACAAUUUUU